CAGUCAUCGUUGGUGUUUUCAUCCACAAUGAAACAGAUGCCCAUCAACUCAAGUAUCUUGUGCAAUGACUAUGAUAGUAUUGGUGCGUUUGAAAAGACGAAAGAUAUUGCUCAGUUUAGUGUGGAUAAGCCAAGUGUAAAGGAGAGAGUUAUUGUUAAAUUGACUUGCACGAAUAAAGGCAUUUCUAGUUUCAAGUUACUAUUUGAAUGUUAUUAUCUUUGGUGUAAAUUACUCUGUUUCUAUACUUGGUUGAUGAGAUAUGUCGUGUGUUUGUUGGUCAUCUAUAUUCUACGAUACAAUGACAUGAGCGUGUUGCCGUUCAGAUUUGAGGAUAUAGCUGAUAGAAGGAAGUUAGCAAAUGAACUCUGCGACGAUUUUCCAACCUAGGGCGUCAACCUGAGAAGGGUUGUAGGCGUACUG